UCCUCUCUCUUUCAUAUAAUAAUCAUUCAUAUAUUUUCAUUCUCUCCCUUUCUCUUCUUCCCCUCAAUACUCUUUUCUUUUCUCUCUCUUUUCUUUUCUCCUCUCUUCUUCUCCGAUCCUUCAUUCUCAUCAUCCUUCGUUUCUCUCUCUGAGUUAGGUUUGGGAUAGUUCAUCGUAUGUUAUAUUGAUCUCUGAUACUCACAAGUUGCAAGCUCUUGUUUUGAUGAUAACAAGGAUUAACUUGCAACAACACAUCUCUACAUUAUGGAUCAGAUGACGGAUUCGGAUAUGGAUCAACAACGGCAAGGCUAUUUUCAUUCUGAACAUUGUGUUCUCAUGAGAGGCCCCAGCGUCGGACAUCCUAAUAUCCGUUCGGUGGUGACUGCUUCAGGGAACACAUCUAAUGGCGAUUCACACUUUUUACCAGAUGCUUAUGACAAUGCUAGGGUGUAUGGGAUUACACAAUACAACGGCGUUCAGCCUCAACAUAAUCUUGAUAUGGGCGUUGCAACUGCAGGCAACAUAUACUAUUCUGGCAUGAAUCCUUCUUCAAGUACCGGUGUUUACCCGCUGCCUCAUAGAGCCUCUGAUCAGCUGCCGGGUUCAAGCACAUUUGCGAUCUCCGGAGUUUCCUUGGAUAAUUUCGGAAGAAGCAAUGGUUUUGUAGAUGACGGAAGAGGUCCGUACAAAAGGAAAAUUGCUGAAGGGAUAAGAGGAAACCACCAACAUUUUAAUGCCUCAACUAGUUCUUCUAUUGCUCCCCCAAAUGCAAGACACCCUGAUGGGGUUGCUAUGAUGGAUAAUGCACCAUUGCCAUUCCGUGUCCCUUCGCUCAUUGGAGUAGGGCCACACGGCGGUGCUUGGAGCAGGUCCGGCGAGUCUAUUAUGAUGCAUGAUCAUAAUCAUUUGAUACACGGAAACUAUUUGGGGCAGCACUUUCCACCAGCGGCUCCUCCUUGGUUGGACCAGCAAGUGAACAGUAAUAGCAAUGAUGGCCACACUACAGCGUGGAAUCCGCCUAUUCCAAUGCCUUAUAUACAAGCACCCACUAUUAAUGGAGGUUCAUUAGAGAGUGCAAGUAUGGGUUUGCAGAGGUAUCACGACGCAGCCGGUAACCGAAAUGUCCUGAGGUUUCCUCCUCCGCCUCCUCCUGUCAACCAACAGCACCCUAAUUAUCAUCAUCCAGCACUUCCCAUGCCAGGAAUAAGAGGUCACAAUAUCAGCUUUCACCCUCCGGUGACUGCAGCUUCAUUUAGGGUUCCACCAAAUCCUCCUCGCGGUUCUGUGAUCCCUCCACCAACUGGUUUCGAGGCAGGUCCAAGGCAUAUUAUCCCUGCCCCAUCAACAGGGUUCCGGAUAUACCGACCUCAUAGGCUCAUGCCAGAGACAGCUCUCGCACAUCGAAGUCUACCUCCCGUGGGCUUCCUCCAAGUUGAUGAUGUUGCUUUAAUUGAUGAAGUGGGAAAUCUGAUUGACAAUCACCGAGAUAUGCGCCUGGACAUAGAGGACAUGUCUUAUGAGGAUCUUCUUGCAUUGGGCGAAAGGAUUGGCAGUGUAAACACUGGCUUAUCAGAGGAAACAAUUGCGAAUAAACUAAAGAUGAAAGUUUAUUCGCCCAAAGCCACUGCUAUUAAUCUGGAGGAGGUAGCUUCUGACGAUCAAGAAACUGAUUCUUGCAUCAUAUGUCAGGAGGAGUUUAAGAACCAGGAGAGGAUCGGCAUUCUUCGAUGUGAGCAUGAGUAUCACGUGGAUUGCCUGACGAAGUGGUUGCUUGUGAAGAACGUCUGUCCCAUAUGCAAAUCAGAAGCUUUGGCUACUGGAAGGAAGGAUGCAUAGGAAAGGAAUCAAUAAGUUCCUUCUCUUCCUACCUAUAUUAUUCUUGGAUAAUUUAUUUUUUGGACAGAAUUCAUAUUUUGUUAAGUAAUGUAAUUUGUAUAUGUACUUGCACAUAAUAUAGACAGUUCACAACUGCCCAACUCAUUUAAUCUGGGCACCAGAACUUUGUAUCUAUCAACUUGUACAGACGUUGUUCUGUCCGAUGUAUUUACUUCGGGUAAUUAUAUCGGUACUUUCUUUCA